GAUCCUGAGAAGAAGGCCCUGUUCGCUAGUGUCACCAAGCGCAUCGAUUACACGCCCAAGAUCGGAACUGAGUUACACGGCAUCAAGUUGACUCAGUUGACUGAGCAGCAAGCUGAGGAACUUGCUGCUCUUAUUGCAGAGCGUGGUGUCGUCUUCUUCCGCGACCAGGAUGACUUGGACGCCAAGGAGCAUGUCAAGCUUGGCGCUCGCUGGGGACCCCUGCACAUUCAUCCUCUCGUCCCUCACGACACUGAAAACCCUGAGCUUAUCGAAUAUAUUACAAUGAAACUGACUGUCAAUUCCAUUAACCGUGCGUUUAGCCCCCCAAACCGCUACAACACCAACAACUCGUGGCACUCGGACGUCUCCUUCGAGCCUGCUCCCUCUUCGUUCUCGAUCCUCAAGUUCGAUGAGAUCCCCGAAGCUGGCGGCGACACCGUUUGGUCCAAUGGCUACCAGCUCUAUGAUGAUCUCUCGCAGCCCAUCAAGACCCUCCUCGAGGGACUCACCGCUACCCACACCUCGGAUAUUUUCCGCGCCUUCCAGACCAGCACUGGCCGCAAGACCUUUGGAAAGCUGAACGACUCUGAACACCCUGUUGUCCGCACCAACCCCGUCACUGGCUGGAAGUCGGUCUUCACCAACUCUGUCUUCACCCGCGAGAUCAACAACGUCUCUCCCGCAGAGUCCAAGUGGAUCCUCGAGUAUUUGAACGACUUGACUUCCAAGCGUCUGGAUUACCAGGUCCGCUUCUCGUGGGCAAAGCACAGUGUCGCCAUCUGGGAUAAUCGUUCAACUUUCCACACCGGCGUCCCAGAUUUCAGGCCCUACUAUCGCCGUGGACUCCGUAUCACUGUCUCAGGAGAGGUCCCCUUCUACGACCCUAACUCG